CGGAGGCUGGAUUCGGACACCACACCACCACUGCGCACUGCGCACGGAGCAGCAGCCGGAGUCAGGACAUGACUCACACAUGAUCCGCACAUGAUCCACACAUGACCCACACAUGGACAGGGCAUCACCGAUACCUAGAUGCUACUUGAUCCUGGAUGGCUCUGAUGUUACGCCCCUCAGCGGGAUCAAAUGACAUACAGCAAAGUGGGAUGGACACCAAUUCCACUUUGUUUCUGUGCAGGCCACUAAAGAUAUCCUACAGGGACAACUGAUGAGUGUCUAAGCUGCUUCCCCACCAUGGUGUAUGGACAGGUGUUUUCCCAGCACAGCUCUGGUGACUGCUUCAUCAAUGUUAAUGUUGGAGGUUUCAAACAGCAGAUGGAGCACACGGUGCUGCAACGCUUCCCACAGACGCGUCUUGGGCGUCUCCUGUGCUGCAGCUCCAAAGAAGCCAUCCUGGAUCUCUGCGACGACUUCAGUCCCUCUGAGAUGGAGUUCUACUUUGAUCGCAGUCCUCAUUUCUUCUGUUACGUGCUCAACUUUUACCUCACGGGUAAAAUUCACCUGGCAGAUGGAUUGUGUGUGAUUUCAUUCGUCCAGGAGAUUGAGUACUGGGGAAUCAAGGAGCGUCAUCUGGACCUUUGCUGCAGCAACAAAUUCUAUGAGCUGAUGGAGGUCGCUGGGGACAAGCAGUGGGACCAGAUGAGCGAUGAAGUGCAGCUCCACAGCUCAGCCUCUUCCACUGAGGAGCUGUCAGCCUCGGAGGACAACAUAGAAAUGUUUGAAGGCUCCUGGUGCGCAGAUGUCCGCAGCAAUAUUUGGAUUCGACUUGAGAAUCCAGGUCACUCCACAUCAGCCAAAGCAAUCGCUGUAGCCUCCCUGAGCAUGGUUAUCAUCUCCAUUGUAGCCAUGUGCGUUAACAGCAUGCCGGACUUCAACCAGUUCGAUGUCAACGACCAAGAGGUCGAAAACCCAGUGCUGAAUUUCUUUGAGAACUUCUGUGUCCUGUUCUUCUCUGCAGAGUUCAUCCUCCGUUUGGCUGUUGCACCAUCAGCGAGGAGGUUCUUGUGCCGUCCUCUCAAUAUCAUUGACUUUCUGACAGUUAUGCCAUUUUAUCUCACUAUGGCCUGUGACAUGAUGGAUGAAGGGGAUAGCACAGAGCUGGAGAACCUUGGCAAAGUGGUGCAGAUCUUGAGGUUGAUGCGAGUGUUUCGCAUCCUGAAGCUGGCUCGCCACUCGGCCGGCCUUCGCUCCCUCGGUGCCACGCUGCGAGACAGCUUCAGCGAGGUCGGCCAGCUGGUGCUUUUCUUGUCUGUGGGCAUCUCCAUGUUCUCUUCUCUUAUUUACUUUGUGGAAAAUGAAUCUAAAGAGUCGGAGCUGGAGACCAUACCUAUUUGCUGGUGGUGGGCCACCAUCAGCAUGACGACGGUUGGCUACGGGGACACCUUCCCUGUUACCCCAGCUGGGAAGGUUGUAGGCUCCCUGUGCAUCAUCUGCGGACUGCUGAUUGUAGCUCUGCCCAUAACUAACAUCUUCAACAAGUUCUCCAAGUUCUACGAUAAGAAAGGGCAGAUAGAUCUCAAACAGAACAAUAACUGAACCCUUUCAAGUAGGAGUUCCACGAGACAUGUGAAUUAGUAAGGCGGCAUUUAAAGGAGACAUAUUCUGCUAAUAUUCAGGCUCAUAGUUUUGAUUUGGGUUAUGACUUGAAAAGGUUUACAUGCCUAAUGUUCAGAAAACACGUCACUCUGCUGCAGCUCCUCUUUGCAGUCUCUGUCUGAAACACAGGUUUUUGCUCCUGUCUCUUUAAGACCCAUUACAGCCCAGUCGGCUCUGAUUGGCCAGUUGGCCCGUUCUGUUGUGAUUGGGCAAUCACUUCCUGGAUAUCUGGGAGAUGUCGGCCUCCGCUCUCACUUCAAAUAUCCCAAGAUACAUUUAUUAUUUCCAGGCAAAAUGGUGAAAAUGAUGAAAACCUCCCUACCUAACAGUGUUGAAGACAGGGAAGAAGAAAUCCUUGAUCCACCCUCUGAUCCUGGAACCCUAAAUUGAAUGGGUUCUCCCCUGACCCACAUCCUUCCAACACAUUCAUCAUGUAAACAUUUUGCUGAUAAACAAACAAAUAGAACAAGGGUGAUAACAUAGCCUCCCAACAAAUAGAACACAGGAGAAUAGAAACACUGACAAUGCAUAAU